UUUCUCUCUCUCUCUCUCUCCAUCUCUGCAAACUCGUUUCCUAUGGAUCAUCAUCGUACAUCGUCAUAAGAAGGGAUCCAUCUGACGCUAGCUGUGCCGACUCAGCUGAUCCCUAUUCUCGUAUCCAGAAAUUUUGUAGAUUCCUUCCCAAAAAAGUAGCCAUGUUCUAUGGCACAGCUGUAUGGGACCCUUGGCUUAUCGUUGGCCAGAUUAUCUGCCUUCAAUGCUCCUUCUACCUCUCUCUCGGAGUCUUCAUGAUCCUCUUCCUUGGCCUUCGCGUUCCUCGCCUUAGUCUUGUCUACUUCUUCGAUUACGCUACUCUCACUACUUCUACCGUUACCGGUUGGUGUGUCAUUGCUUCUUUCCUCUUCACUUCACUUGCAGGGGCUGUGUACAUGAUAUUUGUGGUGGAGCGAGCAAGGAAAUGCCUAGAUUUCUCUGCGACUCUCUAUAUCAUACAUCUCUACUUGUGCAUCCUCAAUGGUGGAUGGCCUUCGUCUAUGGCAUGGUGGGUUGUUAAUGGCACGGGGCUUGCUGUUAUGGCUUUGCUAGCUGAGUACCUUUGCAUUAAACGCGAGCAGCGUGAGAUCCCUAUGGAUCGUUUCCAUUCAAGGGUUUGAUGAACAAAGUGAUGUAUGUACAGAGAUGAGAAUUGGGCAAAGAAGAAGUUCAGCCAUGUUGGGCUACUACCUCUGCCUGCAGCUUUUUUUUAGUCACUUUGAAAAUUUUAACACACGUUUCUUUGUUGCAUUUUCAAUUAUAUGGAAAAAAACAAACACCAUUAGACUCUCGAAUGAAUGCUUUAACGUUGCUUCGUGCGUGAACCAUCCGACAGUUUGUUAUCGUCUCAUUCGUUUUUUUAUACUGGAUACUUGUCCCCAA